UUCUCUGUGUCUCCCAGGCAACAUUCCACCAUCCUCACCCUCCCUGGUUAAUGAUCAAUCAGAUUAAUGUCUCUUUGCUUGUUCUGAUUGGCAUUCGCUGCAUCAGGCCAGAUAAAACAGGUGACACCACUGAUUCUAGUCAUGGGGCUGAUGUCUUCGCCUGUUCCUACCCCUUGGCUCUCACACCUGGGACUGAAAGACAGAGAGACAGACAGGCAGACAGAGAAAGAGAGAGAGAAGGACUAACACAUAGAGGCCUCUCUCACUAUCUCACCCCUUCACAGGACAAAUGUUCUAAAUUAUUUUCUAUUUAGCCUUUUGUUAUUUAUUCAAGUGAUCUAAUUGAGAUUAAAACUCUCUUUUCAAAGGGGAGACCUGCCAUAGUACGACGGCAACUAAACCGACACUCCGUCCUAUUGUACCUGGGCUUCCAGGCUCUUUCUUAGCUGUGAGGUGCUGUGGAAUAGCAGCAUGGGCAGACCCACUAUGAGCCGUGCCACUGCCAUGCUCACACUCCUGGCUUGUCUGGUAAGUCCUUCUGUUUCUCCCUGAUGGCUGUUAUCCAGUGGUGAUGAUGGAACCCCCUGGAACUGGGUCCCAGGAGGCAUUUUGUUGUUGAUGGCAAUUCCAUUUCCACCACUGGUGUUACAGGGUGUGGUAGUUAAACAACUUGCAAGUGUCUACGUUGCCAUUCAACACUAACAGAAUCACAAUAACUAAGAAUCCAGUACUUGAAUUAGACUACAUUUCUUUGAACAUAAUAAUAGACUUAAAGGAAAGUGUAAUUGUAAUAUCUACUGGGAUGUGUUUAUUUGAAUGAAUGUUUUGUUGUAUUUACAUAUUAUACAAUUCAUUAUAAAAUAGAGGGACUGUAGUUUUAUACUUUUUCACCAAGGGGCGACCGUCAAGUUUAUCUUCUGGUCAUGGUCCAUGAACGCUUCCUCUAUUUUUAUGAUUAUUUUCAAGUGUUGUCUAAUGUGUUGUUUUAGGAUAUCUACAACAGAGAUGCCUGGCACUUGACUGUAUUGAUGCAAAUGAAUGGACUAAUUGAGGGAGUGAAGAUAUUCUUUCACUACCAAUUUAUUGUCAUUUUACUAAACAAGGCAAAAAUAUAAUCCAAAUGUUUAAGCUAACUUGUCAGUGAUUUAGCCAUGUUGAAUGCAGAAACAGUCAGGUACUUAGAAACAGUAAGCUGAUCUGCCAUUUUGUUUCCUUAUGUUGAAAACUGUCACUAAUCUCUCUAUUCCUGUACAUACUAACACUAUCUGUGCUGGUGAUUAAGCCUUGAACAGAGUAAUUAACUAUCUCCACCCUUUUAUUGUCAUUAUGACCAAACAGCAAAAAGCAAUGUAAAAAACAACCUGACAUGGCCGAUUAUAUUGUAUCCAUAUAAUCUCAUUGAUAAGACGUUUCAGGAAGGCGAAUACAGAAUAUUUGUAGGCCGGAACUGUUUAUCAGUUGAAAAAUAGAUAGUGUAACGUAGAAGAGUAUCCCAACCAGAAGGAUAAAAAAGUGAAAAUGUGUAUUAUGGUUACACAACCAAUAUCUCCCCUCAGCCUUACUAACUCUGUCCAUUCACUAACUCAGUCUGUCUACAGAUAUAGGAUCUUAAUUUGAGCCAGUUUGCUCCAGCAGGAAAUAAUCCUGUUGCAACAGGAAAUGUGAAUUAAUGGAAAUUUUUGUAGUGAUUGAUACAUUUUUUGUUAGGGUAAAUCAAGUCAAAGUGGUAAUGACAAGUGUGCAUUUCCUGCUGUGCAGGACAAUUCUCAGCAACAAAAUAGUGAUCAAAUUAAGAUCCUACAACUGUAUGUCUCCCCCAGGUUGUCUCAGAGGCCCGUCAUGAGCCAGGAUACUGUGCCUUCUACGAUGAGUGUGGUAAAAACCCAACAGUGGAGGGAUCCCUCAUACCCCCCAUAAUCCCCUGCCUCAACUACAGCCGUGCUCGAACCCUCGAGGGGGAGCACUACCGACAACUCAAAAAGGUCAGUGGUUCUAGCCCAGUAACUCUCUGGGUGAUUCUGAGAGAGAGAGAGAGAGAGAGAGAGAGAGAGGAGAGAGAGAGAGAGAGAGAGAGAGAGAGAGAGGAGAGAGAGAGAGAAGAGGAGAGAGAGAGAGAGAAGAAGCGAGAGAGAGAGAGAGAGAGAGCGAGAGAGGGAGGAGGGAGAGGAGAGAGAGAGAGAGAGAGAGAGAGAGAGAGAUAGAGAGAGAGAGAGAUAACCUUACCUUUCAGGUAAAUGACCAUACAGUUUUUUUAUUUUAGGUGUGCCCCAUGCUGGACCAUGGAGAGGGCAGCACCACCGCCUGCUGCUCUAUAAAGCAGCUCAAGUCCCUGGAGACGAGCCUGAUGCUGUCCAAGGCAGUGCUCAUCCGCUGCCCCUCCUGUGCUGACAACUUUGCCCACCUCCACUGCAUCAACACCUGCAGCCCUGACCAGUCCACAACCGUUAACGUGACACGCACCAUUGACGUGAACGUCACCAGCUUGGGGAUAGUCAAAGAGGCUGUGGUGGGUUACCAGGCCUACUUGUCCACCUCGUUUGCCGACAAAUCCUUUGAUUCCUGCAAGAACGUGAGGAUUCCCGCCACGGGGGGGUAUGCCAUCGCUACCAUGUGUGGACGAUACGGCUCAGCACUGUGUACGGCUCAGCGCUGGUACGACUUCCAGGGAGACUCCAGUAAUGGCCUGGCCCCACUGGACAUCGACUUCAGGCUGAUUCCAGAAGGGGUCACCGAGGGGAUACCCGACGGGGUAGUGCCUUACGCUGGAAGGGCGCUGGGGUGUAACGAGAUGACCCCAACAGGGGCAGAGGUUUGCUCCUGCCAGGACUGCCAGGCCUCGUGCCCGGUCAUGCCCUCUCCCCAACCCCCCGCAGGACCCUUCACCAUCGGGGGGAUGGACGGCUACCUGGUGCUGUGUGUGAUCGUCCUCUGUGUUCUCAUUCUAGCUUUCCUGCUUUUUGUGCUCUCCACCUACCUCCUGAGGAAGGAGGAGGGCAAGGACUCUGAGAAAGGGAAAGGAAAGGGGAAAGGGAUGGAUAAGAAUGGGAACAACGUGACUGAGAGGCUGAUUGAACCGUGGGAGGUGACGUGUACAGACAAGAACAGCCUGGCUACUCAAGAGUUCCUGGGCUCUGCGUUCCAGGCAUGGGGCACCCUCAUCGCCUCACACCCCCUCAAGGUGCUGCUAGCGUCGGCUGUGGUCAUAGCGGCCUUCGCCACGGGACUCAUGCACAUCGAACUGACCACCGACCCGGUCCAGUUGUGGUCCGCCCCAAACAGCCGCGCCCGUAUGGAGAAGGACUUCCACGACAAGUACUUCGACCCAUUCUUUAGAACCAACCAGCUGAUCCUGACAGCGCCGGGCCGACCUGGUCACUUCUACGACUCGUUGCUGUUCGGAAAGCAGAACUUCAGUGGAAUCAUUGCCAAAGAUCUGAUCCUGGAACUUCUGGAGCUGCAGAAAAAGAUUCAGGUAGGGUAGUCAGUGGCACUAUAAUUGGUAUUCCCGAAAUAUCAUGAAAAUUGUGUUAGUAGUAGUUCUACCAAUUAACAUGCAUAGAGAACAUGUGAUUAUUGACAUAUUGCAUUUAUUUGCAACGAUUGUGAAAAUCAGAAAUCACUAAAGUAUUGCAAUACUAAACUCCAUUAUUGUUCCAACACUAUCUGCAGAACAUUGAGUUCUGGUCGAAUGAUCUGAACCGUACGGCAAGUCUGAAGGAUGUGUGCUUCGCGCCUCUCAACCCCUCCAACCCCUCCCUGACCGACUGUGCUGUCAACAGCCUGCCCCAGUACUUUCAGAACAGUGUGGACAACCUCAACGCUAAAGUCAACAUGACGGAGCUGGGAGUGACCAAGGAGGUGGACUGGAGAGACCACUUUAUCUACUGCGUCAAGUAAGUCUGAUUUGUGAUGUCCCUCCCUUUCUAUCAGUGAAAACACAAUCAGAUUCUAGAGCUGUUUUUAAAUAUUCAUUAUCAUUGUUCAAAUAUGUUUUAUCAUUGACAGUAAGGCAGUUAAAUUAAACAUGAUCUUGUAUACUCCAUUCCAUGCAGCUCUCCCCUGUCGUUCAAAGACAUCACUGACCUGCAGUUGAGCUGCAUGGCUGAUUAUGGAGCACCAGUCUUCCCCUUCCUCGCAGUGGGAGGAUAUGAGAGUAAGUCUUCAUGUCGUUUUCUUUUGUAAUAAUACUUUAGUAAUCCAUAGAUGGCAUUCUUUUUUUUGCUCUGCUACCAAUCCCCCAGAACAGACACAAACACUAAUCUAAUAGCUUGAUGACACUUCAUAGAAUAGAUGAUUAGUGGUUGUCUGUAGCUCAGUUGGUAGAGCAUAGCGCAGCUUUGGCGCUUGCAACGCCAGUAUAGUGGGUUCAAUUCUCAGGACCAACCAUAUAUAAAAUGUAUGCACGCAUGAGUCGCUUUGGAUAAAAUCAUCUGCUAAAUGGCAUUUAUUAUUAUAUAUUAGAUGAAUCCUGUGUAUUAACCCAGCUUUCGUUAUCUCCCUCUCUCAGAUGAGGGCUACACUACAGCAGAAGCGCUCAUCCUGACAUUCUCCCUCAAUAACUACCCACGAGACAACGUUAAGUUCAAGGUGGCCCUGGAGUGGGAGCAGAGGUUCCUGGACAUUGUCCAAGAGUACCAGAAGAGUCCAGGCAACCCAUUCACCUUUGCAUACAUGGCUGAGGUACGUACGUACGCACACAGACAGGGAUAGCUCCCAUACAGACAGUCUACUUCUUACCUGCUAUUUACCUGGAAGACAUUACGGUACAUGGUCAUAAUAUUGUAAUACAUUGCUUUAUUAGUCUAUAACUACCUCUCUCUCUCCCCUCUCUCUCUCUUCUUUAUAUCCUUCUCUGUCACUGCUCUUCUCUCUCCCAUCUCUCACUCCUUCUAUGAACCCCUCUAUUUCUCUCUCUGUAGAGGUCUCUGGAGGAUGAGAUCAACAGGACGACAGCGGAGGACAUCCCCAUCUUCAUGAUCAGCUAUGCUGUCAUCUUUGUGUACAUCGCUGUGGCUCUGGGGGAGUACACCUCCUUCAGUCGAAUACUGGUGAGACCACUCACUGAAAUACAAUGUGGCAAUGCCAAUUUGAAUUUCAACUGCUGCCAUUUUAGCACUUUAGCUACACACACACACACACACACAGAAAACACUUGGCCCUAAGCAGAAAGUAAAAUCAAUAAGAUAGUGCUUAUCCUUAGUAUUAUACAAGGAAAGAAAUUAGGAAACGACUGUAUAGAAACAGCAUGUCUAGAUGCAGACAGUCAUAUUCUCUAAAAUGGAUGAUUUAGCCUUUUGGAGGGCUAGAUGGAACAAAAAUGGAAUGUUCCGUAAUGUUAAAAACUGUAAUGCUAGUUUGUAAAAUAGAUGAAACACUGUACUGUAUAUGACUAGGGUGGACUAGAAGGUAUUCCUAUGCCAUACAGGAAACUGUAGUAAACAGGAACUGCCCCUGACCUCUGUGGUGUCCCUACAGGUGGACUCGAAGUUCCUAGUGGGUCUGGGUGGUAUCCUGGUGGUGGGCUGCUCUGUCCUGGCCUCCAUGGGUUUCUACGCCUGGAUCGGUAUCCCCUCUUCUCUGGUCGUCCUCCAGGUGGUUCCCUUCCUGGUGCUGGCCGUAGGAGCUGACAACAUCUUUAUCUUCGUCCUGGAGUACCAGGUGUGUGUGUUUAAACCUGGUUAUCACUCUGCUGGGCAUGGCCCACGGUAUCAUAUUCCUACCUGUACUGCUCAGCUACUUUGGUGAGUGUGUGUGUGUGUGGCUGCUAGACUAUUGAACAGUAGCCUGAUACCUGACUGUAUUCCUCAACGAUCAUUAGUUCAAUCGGUUCACUCAUAAUGUUCUUCAUUAGGUGGUAGUAUUCUCUCUCUCUAGUAACAGUAAAACUCUCUCCCUCAGAGGGACGCACGGAGGCCAGACGAGAAGAAGGAGGAGCAGAUCGGACGUGUCCUUGGAAAUGUAGCUCCCAGCAUGCUCUUGUGCUCUCUCUCCGAGUCUGUCUGCUUCUUCCUGGGUGAGCUCCCAUUGGUGCAUUUGACAUUUUAGUCAUGUAGCAGACACUCUUAUCCAGAGCGACUUACAGUUAGUGAGUGCAUACAUUUUCAUACUGGCCCCCUGUGGGAAACGAACCCACAACCCUGGCGUUGCAAGCGCCAUGUUCUACCAACUGAGCUACAGGGGAAUUUAUUACAGUAAAGACUAAAAACAGCCGAAUUCAUUCAUUAAUGCAAUUUCUGAAAUGGAACUAAUUAUUUAAGGCUGGCUUUAUUUUUAAACUAAAAUGCUUGAUUGCAAUUCAAAGUCAUGAAUGACUUGUAUGCUGACAUGAACAAAUGAACGAUACAGUAGCCUAUAGAAGUAUUUAAAUGUAGGCCUAAGUAAGUUGAUGGUAUUAAGAACCCAAGUAAGGUUACGGAUUUAAGACUAAAACAUGGAUGUGUCUUAGGCCCUACAGCUCGAUGGGUGUUAUACAGGCUGCUAUACUAGCCUACUAAUGAUAUGACCAUUUUACUUAUUAUUAAACAAGCAUUAUUAUUAUAAAUAUUAUUUCUCUGACAAUUUGGAACAGUGUAAAUACUAAAUCAAUUAUUAAUAAUACAAGAGAGGCUGUUCUAACAGAAAAAAAAGAAAGUGUAAAGCCUUUCUCUAGAACAUAGAAACAGAACACACAGAAAAUACACCGGUAUUUCUUGUCAGAGAGAUGUUACUUUUCUUAUUGACUCCUCUGAACCUGCAGUAAUUAAUCAGGUGUGCAAAUAAGUAGUCUCGUCCACCAGCCAAAUCUCUCUGUCAAACCUAUGUGCUAGCAAGGAGCCUGGGUACAAGGUUAGCAACAGUGCAUUCUAUCACAAGUCACUGUCAAUGGCAAUGACAAUAGUGGUCUAUAGAUCCCAGGCUGUAGCCUACAUUCCAUCCAUUUACUCAAUUCAAUACACAUGGCGUCUGUGAAGGGGGCUUACAUACUGUAUGUUAAUGUUAGUGUGUAGCGGUAGGACGGAGUCAGGCGCAGGACACAGAGCUAGUAGACAACGUACUUUACUCGUAAAUAUAUAUGAACAAAAACUCCACGCAGGGAGGACAAUCCCGCUCACCAGUCGAUAAUACCAAACAUAGAACAAACACGCACACAACGCAGUGGGAGCCAGAGGGUUAAAUAGGGAACAAAUCAUAGACAUAAUGGGAACCAGGUGUGUACAAUGAAGACAAAACAAGUAGAACACAGAAACAUAGAUUGGUAGCAGCUAGUACUCCGGUGACGACGAAUGCCGAAGCCUGCCCGAGCAAAGAGGAGGGGCAGCCUCGGCUGAAUCCGUGACAGCACCCCCCCCCCUUAACGCGCGGCCCCAGCCGUGCGCUGACACCGGCCUCGGGGACGGCCAGGAGGACGCGGCGCAGGGCGAGUCAGAUGACUCCAGUGGAAAUCCCUCAACAUGGAGGGAUCGAGGAUGUCCCUCCUAGGGACCCAACACCGUUCCUCCAGGCCGUACCCCUCCCACUCCACGAGAUACUGCAGGCCCCCCACCCGACGCCUCGGAUCCAGGAUGGAAUGGACAGAGUAUGCCGGUGCCCCCUCGAUGUCCAGUGGGGGCGGAGGAACCUCCCGUACCUCAGACUCCUGGAGUGGACCAGCUACUUCCGGCCUGAGGAGAGACACAUGGAACGAGGGGUUAAUACGAUAAUCAGGAGGAAGCUGUAACCUAUAACAAACCUCGUUCAAUCUCCUCAGGACUUUAAACCAUUCAUCCACCGCAGGUGCCUCGAUCUGGCUCUGAUGCCAUGGUGCCAGGACCGGCUGAUAACCUAAUACACACUGAAAUGGAGACAGGUCAGUAGAGGAGUGGCGGAGAGAGUUUUGGGCCAUCUCUGCCCAGGGGAUGAAAACGGACCACUCCCCCGGCCGGUCCUGGCAAUAGGACCGCAGAAACCUACCCACAUCCUGCUUUACUCUCUCCACCUGCCCAUUACUCUCGGGGUGAAACCCUGAGGUCAGGCUGACCGAGAUCCCCAGACAUUCCAUGAACGCCCUCCAGACCCUUGAGGUGAACUGGGAACUCCGAUCAGACACUAUAUCCUCAGGUACCCCGUAGUGCCGGAAGACGUGUGUAAAUAGGGCCUCCGCAGUCUGUAGGGCCGUAGGGAGACCGGGCACAGGAAUGAGACGGCAGGACUUAGAAAACCGAUCCACAACGACUAGGAUCGUGGUGUUCCCUUGUGAUGAGGGAAGGUCCGUAACGAAAUACACCGAUAGGUGGGACCACGGCUGUUGUGGAACGGGUAGGGGUUGUAAUUUCCCUCUGGGCAGGUGUCUAGGUGCCUUACACUGGGCGCACACCGAGCAGGAGGAAACAUAAACCCUCACGUCCAUAGCUUAAGUGGGCCACCUGUACUUCCCACUAAGACAGUGCACUGUCCGACCGAUCCCAGGAUGACCAGAGGAGGGUGACGUGUGAGCCCAAUAGAUCAAUCGAUCGCGGACAUCUAACGAAACGUACAUACGACCCUCUGGACACUGGGGGGGAGUGGGCUCCGUACGUAACGCCCACUCGAUGUCCUUGUCAACCUCCCACACCACCAGUGCCACCAGACACGAAGCCGGAAGUAUGGGAGUGGGCUCCAUGGACCUCUCCUCUGUGUCAUACAGCCGGGACAGAGCGUCUGCCUUAGCGUUCUGGGAACCUGGUCUGUAAGAAAGGGUGACAUGGCCCACCUUGCCUGGCGAGGGUUCAGUCUCCACGCCGCCCGAAUGUACUCCAGAUUGCAGUGGUCAGUCAAAAUGAGGAAAGGGUGUUUAGCCCCCUCAAGCCAAUGCCUCCACGCUUUCAGAGCCUUAACAACAGCUAACAGCUCCUGGUCCCCCACAUCAUAGUUGCGCUCCGCCGGGCUGAGCUUCUUCGAAAAGAAAGCACAGGAGCGGAGCUUUGGUGGCGUACCCGAGCACUGAGACAGUACAGCUCCUAUCCCAGCCUCGGACGCGUCCACCUCUACUGUGAGGAGGGAUCCGGAUGAGCCAGCACAGGAGCCGAGGUAAACAGGUCCUUCAGGUGACCAAAAGCCCUGUCCACCUCAGCUGACCACUGCAGUCAAACCGGUCCCCCCUUCAGCAAGGAGGUAAUGUGAGCUGCUACCUGACCAAAGCCCCGGAUAAACCUCCGGUAGUAGUUGGCAAACCCUAAGAAUUGCUGCACCUCCUUAACCGUGGUUGGAGUCGGCCAAUUACGCAUCUCCACCCCUGACGCAGACAGGUGGUGCCCUAGGAAGGAGACAGACUUUUGAAAGAACAGACAUUUCUCCGCCUUGACGUACAGGUCAUGCUCCAACAGUCGACCAAGCACCUUGCGCACCAGGGAUACAUUCUCGGCUCGUGUAGCGGAGUAUAUGAGAAUGUCAUCUAUAUACACCCUGUCCGUGCAGGUCCCUAAAAAUCUAAUCAACAAAGGAUUGGAAGACUGAUGGAGCAUUCAUCAACCCGUACGGCAUGACAAGGUACUCAUAGUGCCCAGAUGUGGUACUAAAUGCCAUCUUCCACUCAUCCCCCUCCCGGAUACGCACCAGGUUGUACGCGCUCCUGAGAUCCAAUUUGGUGAAGAAGCGCGCCCCGUGCAAUGACUCCGUCACACUAGCAACGAGAGGCAGUGGGUAACUGUACUUCACAGUGAUCUGAUUGAGACCACGGUAGUCAAUGCACGGGCAUAAACCUCCAUCCUUCUUCUUCACAAAAAAUUAACUUGAGGAGGCAGGUGAAGUGGAAGGCCGAAUGUAUCCCUGUCCCAGAGAUUCGGAGACAUAUGUUUCCAUAGCAGCCGUCUCUUCCUGUGACAGAGGAUACACGUGACUCCGGGGAAGUGCCUACCUGGAGGUUUAUCGCACAAUCCCCCUGUUGAUGGGGUGGUAAUUGAGUCGCCUUCUUUUUACAGAAGGCGAGAGCCAAAUCGGCAUAUUCGGGGGGAAUGUGCAUAGGAGACCUGGUUUGGACUUUCCACCGUAGUUGCACCUAUGGAAACACCUACACACCACCCCGAGCACUGACGUGACCAUCCCUUGAGAGCCCUCUGUUGCCAUGAAAUCGUGGGGUCAUGAGAGGUCAACCAGGGAAGCCCUAACACCGCUGGAAACGCAGGAGAAUCGAUCAGAAAGAGACUAAUUCUCUCCUCAUGACCCUCCUGCGUUUUCAUCCAGAGUGGAGCUGUGACCUCCCUAAUCAGGCCUGACCCUAAAGGGUGACUAUCUAAGGCAUGAACAGGGAAGGGCACAUCAACAGGAACAAUAGGAAUCCCUAAUCUACGGGAAAACAUACGAUCAAUAAAGUUCCCAGCUGCGCCUGAAUCGACGAGCGCCUUAUGCUGGGAAUGCGGGGAAAACUCAGGAAAUUCAAUGUCAAUACACAUGUGCGCAACAGGGAGCUCUGGGUGAGUCAGGUGCCUACUCACCUGGGACGGUCCACCAGUGCUCUGCCUGCUGCCUCGACUCCCUGAGGACCCUCCCCAGCACCGACCAGCAGUGUGUCCUCUGCGGCCACAGUUGGUGCAGGGGACAACCCUCUACCGGUCUCCCUAAGAGCAGUACCUCCAAGCUCCUUCGGUGUAGGGUUGGAGGUGCUGGGGGAUGGAAUGGACGGAUCCCGAUCCGAAUGUCCGCGGAUGGCCAACAGGUUAUCCAGCCUUAUCGACAAAUCCACCAGCUGGUCCAGGUUAAGGGUGGUGUCCCUGCAGGCCAGCUCCCGACAAACGUCCUCCCAUAGGCUGCAUCGGUAGUGGUCAAUCAGGGCCCUCUCAUUCCAUCCCGCUCUGGCUGCCAGGGUCCUGAAGUCCAGUGCGAAGUCCUGAGCGCUACUCUUCCCCUGUCUGAGGUGGAACAGACGUUCCCCCGCCGCUCUCCCCUCUGGAGGAUGAUCGAAUACCGCCCGGAAGCGGCGGGUGAAAUCUUCAUAGCGCACCGAUGGCCCACUUGAGCACUCUCCCCGACAGACAGGAGAUGAGGGCGGACACGCUCUCGUAUCCCGAGGGAGCCGGGUGGAUGGUCGCCAGGUAGAGCUCUACCUGGAGCAGAAAACCCUGGCACCCGGCAGCUGUACCAGCAUAUGCCCUCGGAGCGAGAGCCGAAUCCCACUGGACCCAGGUGAUGAAGGGGUGGACAGUGGUGUUGGUUGCUGUGUAGUUGAAGGAGGUGUAGGAAAACCCCCUCUCUCCCAUCGCUCCAUGGUGUUCAACACGCGCUCCAUUGCUGUGCCGAGACAUGGUCCCCUGCUGUUGGACGCGUUCCUCCACUGAUCCGGAAGGAAUUAAUGUACCUGCUGACUCCAUUUGAGGUGCGUGUUUCUGUCAGGCGUCAGUGUGUAGUGGUAGGACGGAGUCAGGCGCAGGACACAGAGCUAGUAGACAAUGUACUUUACUCGUAAAUAUAAAUGAACAGAAACUCCACGCAGGGAGGACAAUCCCGCUCACCAGUCGAUAAUACCAAACAUAGAACAAACACGCACACAACGCAGUGGGAGCCAGAGGGUUAAAUAGGGAACAAAUCAUAGACAUAAUGGGAACCAGGUGUGUACAAUGAAGACAAAACAAGUAGAACACAGAAACAUAGAUCAGUAGCAGCUAGUACUCCGGUGACGACGAACGCCGAAGCCUGCCCGAGCAAGGAGGAGGGGCAGCCUCGGCUGAAUCCGUGACAGUUAAUGACUAACUCCUCCUGUUCCUCACCUCUGUCUCCCAGGCGCUCUGAGCACCAUGCCUGCUGUCAAGUCCUUUGCUCUGUACGCUGCCCUGGCUGUACUCAUGGACUUUGUGCUGCAGAUGACGGCCUUCGUGGCAUUGCUGUCCCUGGACGCCAGACGGCAGGAUGGGAACCGCUGCGAGCUAGCCUGCUGCGUCACCGUCAAGACCCCGGCCCCGUCCAAACCCAACGAGGGUUUCCUUCUGCCCGUCAUGAGGAAAUACUAUGCCCCCGUCCUCCUCCACCCCGUCACCAGGGUCAUAGUGGUAAACAAACUAUUGCCUUUUUACUUUUAUACAUUGAUGUUCCCUCUAGUUAGCUCAGUUGGCUGGUUGUGGUUAUGGUUGUGGUUGAAGUCCUCCUCCUCUCUCCCUCUGCCAGAUGGUUGUGUUCAUCUUUAUGUUCAUCUCCUCCAUCUACCUGAUGUUCUAUGUGACAGUAGGCCUGGAUCAGGAGCUGGCUAUGCCCCAGGUGAGUGACACCUGGACUACUGCUUGAAUGCAUCUCCCAUGACACUUUAUUCAUUCAUUCGUUCGUUCAUUCAUGAAUAACAACAUACAGUAUGAACAACAUAAAGAAACACCAUAAAUAACAGUACAUUUGUGUCCUUGUACUGACCACUUGACACCUUCUCCUCUCAUCCUCUGUCUCAGGGUUCCUACAUGUUGGAGUAUUUCAAGUACCUGUAUGCAUACUUUGAGGUGGGCGUCCCAACCUAUUUUGUCACGACAAAGGGCUUUGACUUCACCAAGAUAAUGGGUAUGAAUGCAACCUGCUCCAGUGUGGGCUGUGACCCCUUCUCUCUCACUCAGAAGAUCCAGUACGCCACUGAAUACCCCGACCUGUGAGUAGUCAUUUGAAUUUGGAUUGAAUGUAGGAUAAUAAUAAUAAUAAUAACAAUUACAUUUAUAAAGCUAGUUAUUUUCACCUGGUCUCAAAGCACUUUAUAUUGGGCGGGGGUAAAUUGGCUUGUAUACACUGAGUGUUCAAAACAUUAAGAACACAUGCUCUUUCCAUGACAUAGACUGACCGGCUGAAUCCAGGUGAAAGCUACAAUCCCUUAUUGAUGUCACUUGUUAAAUCCACUUCAAUCAGUGUAGAUGAAGGGGAGGAGACAGGUAAAAAAUUAUUUUUAAGCCUUGAGACAAUUGAGACAUGGAUUGUGUAUGUGUGCCAUUCAGAGGGUGAAUGGGCAAGACAAAAUAUUGAAGUGCCUUUGAAUGGGGCAUGGUAGUAGGUGCCAGGCGCACCGGUUUGUGUCAAGAACUGCAAUGCUGCUGGAUUUUUACGCUCAACCGUUUCCCGUAUGUAUCAAGAAUGGUUCACCACCCACACUCUUAGAAUAAAAAGUACUAUCUAAAACCUAAAAGGGUUCUUCUGCUGUCUCCAUAGGAAAACCCUUUGAAGAACCCUUUUUGGUUCUAGGUAGAACCCUAUUGGGUUCAAUUUAGAACAUUUUCCCCAGAGGGUUCUACAUGGAACCCAAAAAACUUCUACCUGGAACCAAAAAGGGUUGUCCUAUGGGGACAGCUGAAGAACCCUUUUGGAACUCUUUUUUUCUAAGAGUGCAAAGGACAUCCAGCCAACUUGACACAACUGUGGGAAGCCUUGAAGUCAACAUGGGCUAGCAUCCCUAUGGAACGCUUUCGACACCUUGUAGAGUCCAUGCCCCGACGAAUUGAGGCUGUUCUGAGGGCAAAAGGGGGGGUGCAACUUAAGAUUAGGGAGGUGUUCUUAAUGUUUUGUACACUCAGUGUAUAUUCAAACACUACUUCCUUCUAACGGUGUUGUUGUUCUGUUUCCAGUCUGUCUCUCUGACUCCUUCCUCACCCUUUUCCCCACUACACCCAACCUUGAACUUACUGAUAUCCACACAGCAACCUGACACACAGCCAAUCACAACACUUAAUGAUCAACCCAGUUAUAUAAAACACAUCCAAGAAUAGAUCAGGGACUAGAUGACCAUAUUCGAGAGGAUAAAAAGGCCGAUAUCAUAAAAUCUGAUGAGCAAACUAUUUAUUCUUAGUCUGGGGUUAGGAUUAAUGUUAAUGUUAGGGGUAAGGGUUAAGGUUAGGGUUAGUGGUUAAAAUAGCAUUUGUGGUCAGGAAGCACCAUACUUCUGUCCUCUCUAGCGUGGAGAUAAGGUCUCAGGGCUGCUGGUAUCACCACCUCAUUAAUGCACCUUUACUUUCGAUCUGCCAUAUCAGCAGCUGAUAUUGUAAAUGUAAAAUGUAAUAUUCCAAGGCCAAAGCUUGGCUGACUCUAGGGGUUUUGUGUGAACGUGAAUAAAAGUGAAAUAAAAGAAGGGGGAAGUUUGUAACGAUGUCAGAAUGAUGGGUACUUUCUGAUACAAAAUGGUGCUUGUUUUAAUGAGUCUCAACUCAUUGAUAUGAUUAACAGAUCUUACAUGGCUAUCCCAGCAAACUCGUGGAUGGACGACUUCAUUGACUGGCUAAACCCUGGAUCCAAGUGUUGCCGGCUCUAUACAGCCGGUCCUAACAGAGGGAAAUUCUGUCCUGCGAGCGAACGUGAGUACCAAGUACCUCAGACAACCAGACAACCUGAAAUAAAAACAAACAACGUUAUCCUCUUUGUUCGUUAUGCAUUAACAAAACAUAAAGAAACAUUGUGUAGUUUCUAACCUGAUGUAUAAUGUGUUGUGUGCGUAGCGACCUUAAUGUGUCUACAGAAGUGUAUGAAAAUUCCCGAAAACGGAGUAUUGAGGCCCAGCAUGGAGCAAUUCAACCGCUUCCUACCAGACUUCCUAGGCAAUAAGCCCGACCUGCAGUGCCCUAAGGGGUGAGCGUCACACACACACACACACACGUUCGUACACAUGCACGCACACACAUGCGUGUGUGUAAUGGUCUGUUUCUCUUCCUAACAGAGGUCUAGGAGCCUAUGACAAGGCUGUGAUCAGAGAUGAGAGUGGAGAAAUUAUAGGUGAGGAAUACUGGAUAUUAUCUUUAAAAAACAAACAAAAACGAAAUCAUGUUUUAACCUACAGUGUAUUUGGAAAGUAUUCAGACCGCCUCCCUUUUUCCACAUGUUGUUACAUUACAGCCUUAUUCUAAAAUUAUUUAAUUAUGAUUUUUCCUCAUCAAUCUACACACAAUGACCCAUAAUGACAAAGUGAAAAUAGCUUUUUUAUAAAUUUUUGGAUUCAAAUUGAUUAAAUUGAGAUUGUCACUGGCCUACACACAGAAUGUCAGUGGAGUUAUGUUUUUCUAAAUGUUUACAAAUUAAUUAAAUGAAAAGCUGAAAUGUCUUGUCAAGUAAUCAACCCCUUUGUUUUGGCAAGCCAAAAUAAGUUCAGGAAUACAAAUGUGCUUAACAUGUCACAUAAUACUUUGUGUGGACUCACGCUGUGUGCAAUAAUAGUGUUUAACAUGAUUUUUGAAUGACUACCUCAUCUCUGUACCCCACACAUACGGUGCAUUCGGAAAGUAUUCAGACCCCUUAACCUUUUCUACAUUUUGGUACGUUACAGCCUUAUUCGAAAAUUCAAUUAAUCUACACACAAUACCCCAUAAUGACGAAGCGAAAACAGUUUUCUUUUUUUAACAGAUACCUUAUUUACAUAAGUAUUCAGACCCUUUGCUAUGAGACUCGAAUUUGAGCUCAGGUGCAUCCUUUUUCCAUUGAUCAUCUGUGGUAAAUUCACUUGAUUGGACAUGAUUUGGAAAGGCACACACCUGUCUAUAUAGGUCCCACAGUUGACAGUGCAUGUCAGAGCAAAAACCAAGCCAUGAGGUGGAAGGAAUUGUUCGUAGAGCUCCGAGACAGGAUUGUGUCAAGGCACAGAGUUGGGGAAGGGAACCAAAAACUUUCUGCAGCAUUGAAGGUCCCCAAGAACACAGGGGCCUCCAUCAUUCUUAAAUGGAAGAAGUUUGGAACCACCAAGACUCUUCCUAGAGCUGGCCGCCCGGCCAAACUGAGCAAUCGGGGGAGAAGGGCCUUGGUCAGGGAGGUGACCAAAAACCCGACGGUCACUCUGACAGAGCUCCAGAGUUCCUCUGUGGAGAUGGGAGAACCUUCCAAAAGGAUAACCAUCUCGGCAACACUCCACCAAGCAGGCCUUUAUGGUAGAGUGGCCAGAUGGAAGCUACUCUCAGUAAAAGACACAUGACAGCCUGCAUGGAGUUUGCCAAAAGGCACCUAAAGGACUCUCAGACCAUGAGAAACACGAUUCUCUAGUCUGAUGAAACCAAGAUUGAACUCUUUGGCCAGAAUGCCAAGCGUCACGUCUGGAGGAAACCUGGCACCAUCCCUACGGUGAAGCAUGGUGGUGGCAGCAUCAUUCUGUGGGGCUGUUUUUCAGUGUUAGGGACUGGGAGACUAGUCAGGAUCAAGGGAGAGAUGGAUGGAGCAUAGUACAGAGAGAUCCUUGAUGAAAACCUGCUCCAGAGUGCUCAGGACCUCAGACUGGGGCGAAGGUCAACCUUCCAAAAGGACAACGACCCUAAGCACACAGCCAAGACAACAUAGCAGUGGCUUCGUUACAAGUCUUUGAAUGUCCUUCAGUGGCCCAGCCGGAGCCCAGACUUGAGCCCAAUCGAACAUCUCUGGAGAGACCUGAAAAUAGUUGUGCAGUGACGCUCCCCAUCCAACCUGACAGAGCUUGAGAGGAUCUGCAGAGAAGAAUAGGAGAAACUCCCCAAAUACAGGUGUGCCAAGCUUGUAGCGUCAUACCCAAGAAGAGUUGAGGCUGUAAUCGCUGCCAUAGGUGCUUCAACAAAGUACUGAGUAAAGGUUCUGAAUACUUAUGUAAAUGUGAUAUUUCCAUUUUAUUUGUAUGUAUUUUUUUGCAAAAAUUUCGAACAACCUGUUUUUACUUUUUCAUUAUGGGCUAUUGUGUGUAGAAAACUAUUUAAUCCAUUUUAGAAUAAGAAAAAAGUCAAGGGGUCUGAAUAAUUUCCGAAUGCACUGAAUACACAGAAAAUAAAGCUGCUGAAGUUGAAGGUGACCUGUGUCUCUGGGUUGUUAGCCACCAGGUUCAUGGCGUACCACACAGCCCUGACCACCUCCAAGGAGUUCACUGCAGCGCUAAAGAUAGCCAGAGAGCUGGCCCACAACAUCACCCUCAGCAUGAGAGCCAUACCUGGCACAUCACCAGACUUUGAGGUCUUCCCCUACACGUAUGUUAGCUCAGCGUCCUCCUCCAUUCUUCUCUUCAUUUUCUCCUCUUCUCACGUCUUUCCUUACACAUACACCUCUUCCUCCUUUCCCCUCUGGGAGAUGCUGUGCUAAGCAUCAGUUAAUCAGACUAUCCUCCUCCUCUCCUUUCCAGGGUGACCUAUGUGUUCUAUGAGCAGUACCUGACCAUCGUGUCUGAGGGACUGUUUAACAUCUCCCUGUGCCUACUACCAACCUUCGUGGUGUGCUGUCUGUUGCUGGGCAUGGACCUGCGCUCCGGCGCUCUCAACCUCCUCACCAUCAUCAUGAUCACCGUGGAUACCGUGGGCGUCAUGACACUGUGGGGCAUCGACUACAACGCCGUGGCUCUUAUCAACCUGGUCACGGUAUGGAACCAUAGCACUACUUGUGUUGGUGUGGGUGAAACUUCUUGCAAUGUGUCUCACCUUCAGCACCAGUUUGAAACCUCAUACAUCUUAACCUGUUUGUACACGUGCUAUAGAUAGUGUCCCCUAUUUUUAUAUCCUGAAAUGGGCUAUAAGCUCAAAGACAAAGGAAGCAAAUGUCCCCACCCAAGCGGCACUUGACAUAAGCAAACAUGCGUUUUACACACUAACCCUUCCCCUUCUCUCUCUCUGGUCUGCAGGCGGUUGGUAUCUCUGUGGAGUUUGUAUCUCACAUGACACGUUCCUUUGCCAUGAGCAUCCAGCCUACACAUGUAGAGAGAGCCAAGGAGGCUACUGCUACUAUGGGCAGUGCGGUGAGUUCAAGUGCCAGACCAUUCAAUCACUAUACAGCCAUUAGAUAUAUAACCAUGUUAUAAUCACAUAGAUAUAUGUGGACACUUAAUGGACUAUUUGUUAUACUGAAUGUAUGUUUGUCCCUGUGUGGUUCUACAGGUGUUUGCUGGCGUUGCCAUGACGAACCUGCCUGGAAUAGUGGUGUUGGCAUUUGCCAAAGCCCAGCUCAUCCAGAUCUUCUUCUUCCGUUUAAACCUGGUUAUCACUCUGCUGGGCAUGGCCCACGGUCUUAUAUUCCUACCCGUGCUGCUCAGCUACUUUGGUGAGAGAGUGUGUGUGUGUGUGCGCGCGUGUGUGCGUGUCAACCAACAGAUUAGUCACUAUAUUAAGGUUUUCACUCAGACUUUUUUGGACUAAUACCUUUUUCCCAAUCCUGUGUGUCUCUCAGGUCCUGGAGUGAAUAAAGCAGUGUUGCUACGGAUACAGCAGGCCAAGGCCCAGGAGCUGGAGCUGAGUAGCAACGCCAUGCACAUCUAUGACAACAUCAGCUACGAAGACCAGGAGAAGAGCCCCAACCUAGACACCACCCCCAUCACCCCGUACGAAUCCCACACCUAUGAGGAGCUAGAAAAUGUUGCGGUAGAAGACACAAUAUCCCCCCCAGAGACAAUCUCUGAGGAACAGCUGGAGAAAAUGGCGAGAGUGGACCAUUUCUGAACACCACCACCUAACCAACAAACAAACUGAGUUUAGUCUGUUUCCAGUUCAUCUACAUAUACCUCCGUAACCAUAGGAACCACAAGAGCCGAAGCAAUGACAAUAUAUGUGGCAAAGAAGGGUCUAAUAGAGAUUCUAUAUAUUGAGUCAUAUGUGCAGAUCUUUAUCUAUGGCACUAGUCGCAAUGUCCUCUUAUUGUUAUUUUUUGUAAUUAUUUUUACAAUGACGGCCUACCCCGGC